GUUUUUUCUCGUAAAGCGGGUUCUUGAUUUGGCUCCAACGUGUACUUUAAUUUAAGGAUUAUUUCCGAUAUUGAAGAAUGCCAAUGAAGCUUGAUAUUAAAAGAAAGCUUCUAUCAAGAUCUGAUCGAGUUAAAUCCGUGGAUUUACAUUCAACAGAACCAUGGAUUUGUGCUGCACUGUAUAAUGGAAAUGUGCAUAUAUGGAAUAUCGAGGCUCAGCAGUUGAUAAAAACUAUCGAAGUUUGUACAAACCCUGUUCGCGCUGCGAAAUUUGUUGCUCGCAAAAAUUGGAUAGUUACAGGCUCCGAUGACAUGCAGUUGCGAGUUUUCAAUUACAAUACUCUUGAAAGAAUUCAACAAAUAGAAGCACAUUCUGAUUAUAUACGAUCCAUUGCUGUGCAUCCUACUCAACCAUUUAUCCUUACAUGUUCAGAUGAUAUGCUUAUACGUUUAUGGGACUGGGAAAAUAACUGGACAUGCGCUCAGGUGUUUGAGGGUCACAAUCAUUAUGUUAUGCAUAUAGCAUUCAAUCCAAAGGAUAAUAACACGUUUGCUAGUGCUUCUUUGGAUCAUACAGUCAAAGUGUGGAGCCUAGGCUCAGGUACUCCAAACUUCACUUUAGAAGGUCAUGAGAGAGGAGUCAAUUGUGUAGAUUAUUCCACAUCCGGUGAUAAACCUUAUUUGGCUAGUGGAUCAGAUGAUAGAACUGUGAAAAUAUGGGAUUAUCAAACAAAAGCAUGUGUUCAAACUCUCGAAGGUCAUGCUCAAAAUAUCAGCUCUGUUUUAUUCCAUCCUGAAUUGCCAAUAAUUCUUACCGGAUCUGAAGAUGGCACUGUACGAUUUUGGCACGCUAACACUUAUCGUUUAGAGUCAACAUUAAAUUAUGGCUUAGAACGUGUCUGGACUAUGACGUGUCAACGUGGUAAACAAAUAGUUGGUAUUGGUUAUGAUGAAGGUACUGUUGCUAUAUCUUUGGGUCGAGAUGAACCUGCCAUGUCUAUGGAUGCAUCUGGAAAAUUGGUUUGUGCUAGACAUUCAGAGCUAGUUCAAGCUAAUUUACGAUCAUUGAACUUCAGUGGGGAUGGAAGUGAAAUGAUUCAGGAUGGUGAACGUCUUCCAGUUACUUUCAAAGAUAUGGGUACAUGUGAAAUAUAUCCACAAAUUAUUGAACAUAACGCUAACGGACGUUAUGUGGUUGUUUACGGUGAUGGAGAGUACAUAGUUUACACUGCUAUGGCAUUAAGAAAUAAAACAUUUGGUCAAGGAUUAGAAUUUGUAUGGUGUCAAUCCGAUGCUGGAGUUUAUGCUGUUCGUGAGAGUAAUGCUGUUGUUAAGGUUUACAAACAAAUGAAAGAGGUUCGUACAUUUAAAUUAGAUUAUGGUGCGGAACAAAUAUUUGGUGGACAUUUAUUAGGUGUACGUUCAUUAACUGGUUUAACAUUUUAUGAUUGGUUAACUGGUCGAAUUAUUCGACGGAUUGAUAAUAAUCCAAAAGGUGUUUAUUGGAAUGAAUCUGGUCAAUUAGUAGCAUUAUGUACAAAUGAUACAUUUUACAUAUUACGUUAUUCAGCUGAUGCUGUACCAGAUUCUAAUUUGCCAACAAUCAAUAAUAAUAACCAUGAAGAUAUAGAUGGAUAUGAAAAAGCUUUUCAAGUAAGUGAAAUCUAUUUGAUUUGUGAAUAUAAAGAUUGUAAAAUUACGUUUAUGCUUUAACCCUCCCCCAUUGUUAAACUCUAUUAGGAUCAAAUCGGUAAUGACGUAGACAAACGAAGAGAUAACAUGUGUAGACAAGGCAAAUUUGCCUAUUCAAGAUAUUUCUCAUUACAAACGUUAAUACAACGCAAAAUAGUUAAAGCAUAGUACGAUAAGGAGACAGACAUUGGAAACAGGUGUAAGGUGAUGGUUGAAUAUAGUCCACAGGGGACUCUAUUCGACAUAGAUUUCGGGCUAUUUGGAUUCAGUCACUCAACUUCACAAUCAGAGACGUUACGAUGGAGCUGUCCGAGCCCUGACUGAACUCUUGUAGGACUGAGAUGUAUUUACAAUCGAUGGAUCACUGGGUAGUGACCAAUAUCAUGUAUAUCAGGUCCUUCUUAGCACACGUCGAAUUCUGUCGACCAAGUUGCAAUAUAGUCACUAGUCUAUGUGACUCGACAUCGUGUACUCUAUGUUAAGACGUAAGAUGGUGUUUGAAUACAGACAUACGCACACGAGCACACACGAGACAUAUUGUUGUUGAAUUAUAAGGACAUAAAUAUAGGGCGUAUACAUACUGAAGAUCACAAUUCUCUAUGAAGUGAGUAAGAUUAUUAAGAAGGUAAAAAUGACUUGGCAGUCACAGGCUGUCUGAGUUCUUAAAGUCUGUCCAAAGGUUCGGAUAAUUCGUGUUGGUGUGUAAUAACAGAGAAACUACUAUACUUCCACCUGUCGGAUUCAAUCAAGCUAUGCUCACUUACUUAUCAAAGAUCAGUUAUCCUGUUCAAUAGUUUGCUCUGUAUUAAUUUACAACUGUGAAAUAUGGUCUUUUGAGGUUGAAUAUACGCACUUAGCUUGCUCAUGUUUAACUAUAGAUGUCUUCAACGUGUUGCCAGAAAAAGUAUGGUAGAAUCACCAAGUGAAUCACUCCUAGAUUAAGCGUAAGUCGAUUGAUGAAAUUAUGAGCCUACAUUAGUCGGAGUGUUGACCAAUUUGUUAUCUAUGUAUCCAAUGACCAUCCACCCCGACCUGCUAUACUAGCUAGGAUAAGAAUAGAAGUGUGCGGCUCCAUUCAUCAUUUGUUGUAAAGAGUCGAGAAUUUCACUUAUUUGAUUAGCUAUGUGAGUGCCAUUGAUGUGAUAUAUCAAUCUGAACUAAUCUGUAUGUAUUAAAAGUCAACGUGGUUCAUGUUGAACUAGACUCUCUUUGGCACUAUCAAAACGUCAAUCUGUUUCAGUUUUAUUCUAAGCUGAUAGCUUCUUUCUUUAUAACUUUAUGACGUCAUUGUUGUCUCUGAAUAAUCUCUCUAAUUUGUUUUCGACAUGAUGUAAGCAGUAAUAAGGUACAACAGCAACAACAACAACAACCUGUGCUUUGGCAAUUGCUCAUGUGGUGAUAAAUAUAUAAUCAUUCUAAUCUUAAAGUAUCGAUUUCAUUGAAUUGAACACAUUCUACACGUGUCAUCACGACUUCUAUCCCAUACAUCAUUUAAUGAUGUUAGCACUCAAUAGAAAACCCAGAUGCGAAGGAUCAAGGAUGCUUUUUCUGCAUGAAUAUUCAUUACUAUUGUGUGAAUUACUAUAUAUAACUAAACUUAACGGUUUGAAAAAGUGUUAACCAUAGUGUUAAGUAGAAGCCAAUGAUAACCCUAUUGUCUUCUGCUUCUAAAUACUACACUACUCAUUAGUAGUAAGAUGUACAUUUCUAAUAAAAAAACCUUGCUUAGUUAUAUUCUUACUAGGAUAGUAUUAUUUAAUACUUUCUUUUAUUGAAAAGAAGUGUUUCUUCACUGGAUUUGUGUUUUUCAAGAUGUUUGAAUAUAAAUUUCAUAUAUAUAUAUAUGAAAUAAAAUUCACCCCGUUUCACAAGCCUAUGGCUAUGUAGACUCAGUAGUUGAGUGGAUAACGCGAUAGUGUUCGAAAAUAAAGGUAAUGAGUUCAACUCCUGGAGUGAGCAUCAACUCUGUGAUGCAAGUACAUGCAACUGAUGAGCUCAAAAUAGAAUGAAACGCACAUUCUGGAUUCCGCUGCAAAUCACCAUUCAUCUCUGCUUAUAAUAGUAUGGUUUGAAUUUGGUGAAAAUAUGAAAAUGAGCAAAUUAAGACCGUAAACGUUAUAUGUCUCCAAGUAUGCGUUUAUCCUGCUUGUCAUUUUUAUUCAUCUAUAGUGGUUUUAUAAAAAGCGAUUAAAUCAAGAGUUGUCUACGAAAUUGAGAGGACGAAAAGCGAAUGUCCGGCGCUUUAACCGGGUUGGUGGAUAUAGAGGAUUCACCUAGGGGAGUUGGAAUACCCUGAUUGCAAACCAAUGGUGUACAUGGGCUUCAGUAUCCUGAAGGGACAAAUGGCAUAUGAACCUAUUGUUGGUCACCGACUACCAUGGGACUACAUCUCCUUACGAUGCUCCACUGCCUUGUGGAUCAGACCUUUAGGUCGAAGGCUCCGGGUUGGCUCCCUAAGAAAACCACCUGCUUCGGUUUGGGCACCCGGGCAGUAUCACAGUCCUCACACAUAUCAAAUGAGAUCUGUAUGGCACAUAUGCAUUUGGUGCCUCCUUGUACCAACAUCUGUGUGUUAAAAUACAUAAAUAAAUAAAUAACAACGCAUCAGACUGUUGGUCACUAGACUCAGGAACGAACAAGUAACCUCAAGACCACAGCACGUAUAUAAGAAAAGAGUAGUGUUUAUCAAACAUAGCUGGUUAGUUUUAAUAAUGAAAGAAUCAUUAAGCAAUCACAAUUAAUGUUCAGGGGUUAGGAUUUAGGACUGGGACUAAAAUUAGACUAAUCAGAAAAUCUAAUCCCGUUCCUAAAUCAAAACCCUGAAUCUUUAUCCUAAUUCUAACUGUAAUCAUGUGCUUUACGUCUUAAUUUGAACUUUAACUCUGAACCUCAAAAGAAUUGCUUUCUAAUCUUAAAUUCUAACCGUAAACACCAAAUCUUAACCAUAAAUUUCAGACCUUAAUCCUAAUCAUAUGACUUAUGUCCAAAUCCUAACACUAUAAAUUCUUUGUAUUAACUAAGUGGGAUUUUAAAAAAAUUGUCAACAUUAGCAUAAGAGUCACUCAAACUUCCCUAUAGUUCCAUCAAUAUUUCUAGUGUUACAGAUUUUGAAUUCAUGCUGGCUACAAGUGGUCUGAAUUGAACGGUUAAUAUAACCUUCAAACGAAAUCACUACUAUAGUAAACGAGAAUACAAAUGGGGACAUUCGAAUGUAUUUGAAUACAAAAUUAUAGAAUAUCUUAGUAAAAUCCUAGAACCAUACAGUAAAUACUUCAUUCUGCAAAAUGUUUAUCGUCUCUGACUUGAUUGUUCCUUCAUUUCUACACCAAUCAUUCUUUGUUCUUAUUCUCUUUUCUUUGAUCUUCUUAACCUUCUACCUCCAGGCAUUUCACUUUCAAUCGAUGACACAUACUACUUAUAUCUGUCAACAUCAGUAGCCCACACUAUACUACUUAUUUUUCGAUUUUAUUUCAGAUUAGUUAAAUGUGUAUAUAAAAUGUUAUACGAAAUAAUCAUAGUUUAAUGUUCAUUCAUGUUUUGUCAGUACAUAUUUAUUCAGUUCUAUCAGAUGACAUUGAACGCUUUAAUGUUUUUUUUUCGGUCUUCUAAUCAUCUGAUAUAACGUGUAUUAGAUUGAAUUUGUUUUUAUUUUAUUUCAACACAUAAAUAUUGGUACAAGAGCGCACCAAAUAUAUAUGCGUCACACCAUAUUUGUGUGUGUGUGGGCUGUGAUACUGCCCGGGUGCCCAGACUGAAGCAGGUGGUUUUCUUAGGGGGCCACACUCCGAGCCUUUGACCUAAAGGUCUGAUCCACAAGGCAGUGUAGCAUCGUGAGGAGAUGCAGUCCCAUGGUAGUCGGUGACCAACAAUUGGUUCAUAUGCCAUUUGUUCCCGCAGGAUACUGGAGCCCAUGUGCACCAUUGGUUUGGAAUCCGGUUAAAGCGCCGGACAUUCGCUUUUCGUCCUCUCAUUUUCGUGAACAACACCCCCUCCACGAGAAGGCAGUAAGUAGAACUUCCCUGGCAGAGGCUGUAUACGCGUGGCCAUGUGAGAGCAUUUCGAGAGGGAGGGUGGGCCCACCACACUCUCGGCCAUACCAGGGCAUUUGGGGGCUAAAUAAACCCGCAAUUACAUUGAGUUUGUUUCUGUUGUAUUUCUACCUUAUUAUUAUUAUUUUCUCUGAUAGCUUGUACCGAAUGGUGAAGUCAAUAGUCAAGUACUUAAUGGUCGUUGGUUUGGUGAUGCAUUUAUAUUUACAACACAAGGGAAUCGUUUAUGUUAUUUUGUUGGUGGUGAAGUAUUCACAUUAGCUUUAUUGGAUCGUCCAAUGUAUUUAUUAGGUUAUUUAGCAAAAGAAAAUCGUUUAAUUCUAGGUGAUAGAGAUUUACAGGUAUGUGUUUUUGCUAUGCUAUGUGCUUACCCCAGUUUCAGAAUGUAAGCUAACAUUUGAAUUAAAAUAACUUUGUAAAUAAUUUCUGAAUCGAUAUAGCUCAUUGAAUAAGAUUCCUGUUACUUCAAUGGUUUUGACGGUGUUUCAUUCUUGGAUCUAGUUAUUUUAUCCAUGAAACUUUCUGAUCAUGUUCCCUAGGCAACAUUACCACAAGUAUACAUUUCAAGAUGAAGUUAGAUAUUAGAAGUAGGGAAGCUUGGAUGCAGCUAAAUGAUUUGGAUUUCACAGAUGACCUACCCACUUCUAUCCCAUAUGUAGUAACAAAUCUAAAUGAAGAUAGUCAGUGUAGCAUCAACUUUUGUACAGCAGACCUCAACAUACACAAGGGAAAAGACAAAAUCCUCAAGUACAAUACGGAGAACACCAACCCAAUCAUGUUUAAUGGAAAAGCUCUGGAGGAUGUGGAAAUUCAUAUUCUCAAAAAUGAUUCAUUUACUAAGUGAUUUCUAGGAAUUUAGCAUCCAGAACAGAGAUAUUGAGUAAUAGCUAACUAUGAAGUUAAUUUACAUUUAUAAUCUUUAAAAAAAUAUGAACUAAUUUCUAAUUUACCCCUCUUUCUCCUCGCUUCAUAUCCUCUCUGGCGAUCAAUCAUAGAUUGUUAGUUAUACUCUAUUACUCAGUGUAUUAGAAUAUGAAACAGCGGUAUUACGUGGAGAUUUUACAACUGCUGAUGCUAUUCUACCAAAUAUAUCAAAAGAUCAAUAUACAAAAAUUGCUCAAUUCUUAGAGAAACAAGGUUAUCGAAAACAAGCUAUGCGUGUCACUACAGAUAUGGAUCAUAAAUUUGAAUUAGCUUUACAAUUAGGAGAUUUUGAAUUAUGCCAACAAAUUGCCAUGGAUGGUGAUGCUAAAACAAAUGAAGCUAAAUGGAAACAAGUAAGUUAGUUAGUUUAUUAAGUAGUGUGUCAUUUAUAUACACCUAAACGAUGUAUAUCAUUAUGUCUUGCCGAAGUUGAUUUUCAACGGAAUUAUUUAUUCAACCGAUGUAAUAGGAUUUUCCACAUUGAUAGUUUGUGAGACUAUUUUUGGUAAACAGGAGUUGUAGAAACUGUUUAAUGUUUUAUUUCAGAUUAUGAGUUUAGUUUAGUCAGAUAACCAUUGGAAACCAAGGAGUAGUGAACAACUAUUUCGCAUGAAUAUAUGGGACUCUUCAGUAGUAGCGCUCACUCAUCAACUGACUAGGAAUUUCUCUAAUACCUAUGAAAAUGCUGGUUCUAAAUUUUGACUUGAAACUGUACUCUAUACAAAAUACAACAGUAGUUACAUUCCUGUGGGAGAGUGAUGUUUGUCAGCGUAACAAGUCUAAUUCCCUACUUUGACUACCAUCAAUUUUUGCUUAUUCAAUUCUCCGGAAACUUAUUUAUCACAUAAAGUAAACUAAUAAGAUUUAGUUUCUUGUGAAGUGGAAUGAUUUCUUGCCUAAAUUUAAAACAAUCAACUCAUUGAUAACUAUUUGUGUAGUGUUUAUUUCAGAAAGUAGUGAGACUAUAAUUUGUGAACGACCUUUGAACGAUGCUAAAGUGACUCGCCCAUUUGCUGUUUAUUUAUUUAAACACAUAAACAUUGGUAAUAAGCAGGCACCAAUUAUGUACCAUACUUCUUCAUUCUAUUUGUAUGAGGGCUGUGAUACUACCCGGUCGCCCAAACCGAAGCACAUGGUUUUCUGAGGGGGCACAUCCCAAGCCUUUGACUUAGAGGUCUAAUACACAAGGCAGUAGCCGUUAACCAUCAAUAGGUUGACACUCCAUUUGUUCCCUCAGAAUCCUGUAGCUCAUGUGCACCAUUGGUUUGGAAUCAGGAUAUCCCAACUCCCCUAGGUGGACCCUCUAUGUCCACCAGUCCGGUUAAAACACCGGGUACUCAUUUUUCGUCCUCCCAAUUUCGUCAAUAAUACCCCCACGAGAAGUCAGUGGAUAAGACUUCCCUGAAAUUGGCUGCAUACACGUGGCCAUGUAAAAGCAUUUGAAGGGAGAGGGCGGACUUUCCUCACCCUCUACCGUACCAGGGUAUUUGGGGCAGUUACAAAUUAGUAUGAGGAAUAUAAGAUUAGGAUUUAAAAUGAAAAAUUUAGGAUAAGGAAUUAGAGUUAGGGUUUCCAUUAUGAAUUGACAUCAGCUAUAAUGCCAAAAUGCUACUUAACUAUAUGAAUAAAUAGAUUCCGCGCCAACAUCCAAAACUUGCUAUCUUAAAUCUUAUUGGUUCAUCUAUAAAUUAUAGUUUCACCGUAGUAGUUUGCAUUAUCUGUUUAUUGAUACUCAUCACUUAAAUUUAAUCAGUAUUUAAUUAUCUGGACUCAAUAGUUCAGUGGAUAAUGCACUAGGGAUUUGAGGGGAAAAGUACUGUGUCCCAAAUGUUACUAUCAACACCGAGAUACAGGCACAUCGAACUACUGAGUAUGCGUGUCCUGGAUUCCAUUUCUAGUUACAAUCCAUCUUGUUUAUAAAAUUCUUGUGAGAAAAUGGUUGUGUUGAGGCAAUUGUUUCAGGUUGUACACAUGCAAACUAAAACUGAUUAAAAUCUAAUUAUGAAUAUAAACAAAAUUGUUAUUCAAACCUUCACAAAUAAUAUUUUCAAAUGAUAUGGAACGAUACACCAUAAACACUCAUGAUGAAACUCGAUGAGAGAACUAAAAGUUCCAUCAAAUUUCUGCUACCAUCAAACUAACAAAGAGGCCUAUCGCUCUGCGAACCUCGAAUGAUUUUAUUGAAAUCUUCAUAUUAUUAUGGUUGAUUGUUUGUAGUUAAACGUUAAUCUCAACGUUUCAAUACUAUUUUUAGCAAGGAAAGUAUUCGAGCCAUUCAUUCUAAAUAGAUUGUGACCCUAUUCGAGACUCAUCACCUGGAUGUACUUGGAUCCCAACAUUAGCUUCCACACCGAGAUCCUACAUUCUUGUUAAAAUUAGCUAUUACAUGCUUUAAUAAUAAUAAUAAAUUGCCUUACAUUCUUAAUUAACAAACAAACCCCUCCUGCUUUACAUUCAUAAAUGUAUUCAGUUAGCUGAAGCUGCUUGUAAGGCUUGUAAAUUUAAAUAUGCUGAAGAAUAUUUAUCACGUACAGACGAUUAUGCUAGUCUAAUGCUAUUGGCGACAAGUUCAGGAAAUCGUAAACUACUUGAAUGGAUUGGCAAAGAAGCAGCUACGAAAGGAAAUGAUAAUAUUGCUUUUCUAGCACGUUUUAUUGUCACUGAUUUGGAAGGUUGUCUUGAAUUGUUAACAAAUGCUAAACGAUUCCCUGAAGCUGCAUUUUUUUCUCGUACAUAUUUACCAAGUUAUAUGCCUGAAAUAGUUGAACAAUGGCGUAAUUGGUUAGAUAAAUCAAAUAAAGCCAGUGCAAAAAUUGCUAAUUCUUUAGCUAAUCCAAAAGAUUAUCCAAAUUUAUUUCCAGAUCUUGAGGUAUGUUUACAUUCAAUCACCUAUAUACAUAUAUGUGUGUGUUCGUACAGAAAACACCUUUGAUAAGGAUACUUUCUCAUUUCCUCCCCCCCAUUUUUAUUAUAGACCUAUUCACUAUCUUACAGUGUAUACUUGAAAACAGGAAUCCUUGUAAUUUCUAUGAUACGAAGUGAAAAUACAAACAUUGGUACAGAUGAUGAGUUAUUGACUUUAACUCUCUCCCUCUCAAAUGAUCCUAGAACAAGGUCCUCACAUAGCAACCUGUUCAAAAUCAGAUCAUCAUUAAACCAAUUAUGCUCAUAUGACUGAUUUUACAAACACGAAUGUCAUAGGAUCAUUAGUUAUUAAGUUUAUUGAUGAACAGUUCACUAAAUACAAUAAAUAACAUUAACGAUUACCUUCAAUUUACCUGUUGUCCCCAUUAAGCUUGCUAUUGCUGAUCAAGCCCCCGAAUGUCCUGGUAAAGUCGAGGGUGGGGAGAACCAACUCUCCCUCUCAAAUGACCACGUGUAUACAGCCACUGACAGGGACGUCCUAUUCACUGCAUUCUCAAGGAGGGGUGUUGUUUACGAAAUUGAGAGGAAGAAAAGCAGAUGGAUACAGAGUAUCUAUCUAGGAGAGUUGGAGAACCCUGAUUCCAAACCAAUGGUGUGCAUAUGGGCUCCAGGAUCCUAAGCGAACAAAUGACGUAUGAACCUAUUGUUGGUCACCGACUACCAUGAGACUGCAUCUGAUGAUGUUACUUCACUGUCUUAUGGAUUAGACCUCUAGGUUGAAUGCUCGGGGUGUGGUCCCAUAAGAAAAGCACCUGGUUCAGUCUGGGCACCCAUGCAGUGUCCCAGCCUACAUACAACUAAAUAAAUGCAUGAAAACCGUCUGUCCAAUUAGGAUGCCAAAAACCUCAAAAGGCCAGUUUACUUUUUAUAUUCAUUACUUAAAAUCUCAUACAUCAAUUACAAAACUACAAUGCACCAUAAAUAGACAAUCACAAUCUGUGUAUAAUUAGGGCAUUUACGACAGACAAAUUAAUAAUACAGGUACAUAAUUGACUGAUUACAAUUUAUCUAUGGUAAAAUAUGCAUCAACAGUUAGUGUGUCAAAUGAAAGCUUAUAUUAAAGGCCAUACAGGAAUACUAAAAGCCAAUCACUGAAUAGAGUAGAUCAAAUGUGGCUAGCAGUAAAAUCCAGGGCACGCGUUUCGUCCUAUAUGCUGGAUGUACUGGCAUCCCAGUGUUGGUGUUCACUCCGGGAUUCACAUCUAGUACCUCCUCACAGUUCCACCUUUCCAUUUAUUCACCUCUGACUAACACUUACAGUUUUCAUAUUUUGUAUUUUUCAAGCAAUUAUGUGUUAAUUUGUAAUUCAUUUGCAUUUAUCAUUUAAAUCUUACCAUUGUUGAUGUUAAAGACUGCAAUUGAUCAGUGUCUUUUCGAUAUGUAUUCAUGAUGUUCAGAUUGCCAUUAAAGUCAUAAGGAUAUUGAGUAGAAUUUGGGUUGUAGCUAUUAGUAGAAUCCAGGAUGCCCGUUUCAUUCUGUUUCGGACUCGUGAGCUCUAGUAUUUGAAGUAAUAGUCGCUGGGUUCAAGUUUAAGUUUAAACAUCAUCAACACUGGGAUGUAUGUUGUACAUCCUACCGACCAGUCCCAAA